AUGUCAGUUGAAACUAUUCAACAUCAAAAUCAAUCAAACACUAUGGAAGAAGAAACAACUAAAGAUACUUCAUCAAUUACAACAAUUCCACAAUCACCUAGUCAAAAUCAAACAAAUGGUACUUCAUCACAAUUAACACAAAAUGAUAAGACUGAUACUCUUAGUUAUUUAAACACAAUGAAAUAUACUAAAACUAGACAAUAUUUAGAACAUCUUAUGCAAAAUAUAAAUAACAUACCUAAUACUUGGUAUAUUAAUAAUCAAUUAAUUUAUGUUCCUAUUCCUGAUUCAAUACAAGAUUUUAAACAUGACUCUAUUUCAAAUCAAGUUAAAAAUUAUCUAAAUACAUUGAUUAAUAAUGAUGACGAUAAUGGAAUAAAUAAAAGAAUGCAAAAAUUGGUUCAAAUUCUUAGUACCAACUUUAAAAAUAUUUAUAACUCUAUUCAGUAUUCUAUUACUUAUUAUGUACAAGCAUUCAUGAAUUAUAUUUCAUCAAUAUUAAGCAGAUCAAUAAUGAAUUGGGAUCUUAAAGGAAUGUUUUAUUUAAUUAAUAAUAAUGAUUAUGAAUAUAUUAAUAAUCCAUUAGGGAUAUUAUGUGAUAAUCUAAUUUUAUCAAUUCAACGUUCAAUUAUUGUUAAAAAUGCUAAAUCAAAAACUGGAAGUAAAACAUUUAAUAUUGAAAAUGAAUAUAAACAAGCUACUCAAAUUGGUGGAAAACAAUAUAUACGUCUUGCUGGUUUACGUGAUGAUAUUUCAAAUAAUAACGGAUUUAGUAAAUCAUUAAAUGAUGGAAGAAGAAAACAAAAAUCAUCAAAAUAUGAAAAAACACAAAGGAAAUUUUCAUUUCAUUCAUUCUUUAUUCUAGGAAUGACUAAAAAUCAAAUUAUUCAACAAACAUUAUUUAAUGGAAAAGAAGGAGCAAGUGCUUUAGCUCAUUUAAUAAAAGCAAAAGUAAUUCCUGAUUGUGUAAGUUCAAUAUGGGUAUGUUGUGUUGAUAAAAGAUAUGAAAAUGGAAGAAAUGGUAAAUUUUCUGUAUCUAAACAAAAUAUUACAUGGUCAGGUGGAAAACUUAAACCAGAUAUAGAUGAUGAAAAAGGAUUAACAAAAUAUUUAAUUAUUUAUUUAUGUGCUAAAGAUAAUGACUAUAUGAUUAAAAAACAAUAA